UCGAUACCAGCCGCGUUCCUGCAGUUCCGCCCCCGUCCGGAUUUCAGUUCGAGUAGCAAUCGACCGACAUACAUUUCCCAACAACCUGCACCGUUCCCGCUUCCUCGAGAUCCGCGCCUCUGUGCCCUAGAUCUUCCGAUGAUCCCGGCGGGGAGUCUCCUCCUCUCCUUCCUAGGGUUCCUCGCUCUCUUCGGUUGCGGGCUGGACCCAGCCCUAGCCCUAAGGAUCUCCGACCAGGUCCUGGAUCCCUCCGCCCGCCAGCACCUGCCGCCGACCCAGCCGCUGCGGUCUGCAGUCUUCGCCCUCGGGAGCUUCUGGCGGUCGGAGGCCGCCUUCGGCUGCGUCCCCGGCGUCGUCCGCACGUCCGUCGGCUACGCCGGCGGAUCCAAGCCCAACCCCGAAUACCGCAACCUCGGCGAUCAUGCCGAGUGCGUCAAGGUUGAAUAUGAUCCUAAAAUAAUUCAAUUCAAGCAGCUCUUAGAUGUCUUCUGGGCCAGCCAUGACUCUAGGCAGGUGUUUGGGCAAGGACCAGACGUAGGUAGACAGUACAGAUCCAUCAUCUUUACAAAUGGGACCAUUGAGGCAAGGUUGGCAUCUUUUAGCAAAGAAAGGGAACAGGCUAAGAGUCGGCACACUAUUGUGACCACUGAGAUCCAGCCACUUGGAAUAUUCUAUCCUGCUGAACCAGAGCAUCAGAAAUUCGAGCUGAAGCGUAAUAAGUUUCUCUUGCAACUGAUGGGGAACAUGCCAGACGAAGAGCUUAUUUCAUCAUCUUUAGCUGCAAAGCUGAACGGAUACGUUGCCGAACUCUGCCCUCCGAAUAUUCAAAAGAAGAUCGGCGUCAAGGUUGAUGAGAUUCUUAAGAAUGGUUGGCCUGUCUUGAAGGGAUUCUAAUUUUACCAUAAAGAAAACAACUGAUAGGUCUAAAGAGUUCUCGGAACCAAUGCUAAACAGUCGACAGGGAUAUGCGGAGGAAGAAAGCAUUUGAUGACAGCCGGACAGAAGGCUGUGUUAUAAUUCUUUUUCUUCAUUUACUAUGUUUAAUAGCAUUUGUUUUUUCCGUCCAUUUUACUAAGCUUAUGUGGAAAUCUCGGCAUAUCUUCGGAUUUAUCACUUUGUUGUCUCAACUAGGAAAAAGAUACUGUCUCGGCUCAUAUUGGUUGUAAAUAAAUUUGUCCAGUUUUGUCACAA